AUGAGUGCAAAGCCAAGAAGAGUUGACCCGGCCGCCAUCUUAAUUAGUUCGGAUGCUCAGUCCCUGGCCUGGGAUGAUUCGUGCCACGUGGCAUCUUUAAUUAGUCAUGCAUGGUCUCUCCCUCGCGGCGGGUACCUGCGCGGGCCGGAGAGCGUCGCGUUCGACCGCGAGAGCCGCGGUCCCUACAGCGGCGUCUCCGACGGCCGUGUCCUGAAAUGGAACGGUGACAAGAUCGGCUGGACCACCUACGCGUACGGCCCUGACUACAGCAGCGAGAAGUGCACCGCGUCCAGGCUCCAUCCGGAGACGGUCACGGAGAGCCGUUGCGGUCGUUCGCUCGGCUUGCAAUUCCAUCACAAGUCUGAAAACCUGUACAUUGCUGACGCUUACAAGGGACUCAUGCGGGUUGGCCUUGGCGGCGGGGAGGCGACGGUGUGGGCCAACGAGGCGGACGGCGCGUCUCUCCGCUUCACCAAUGGGGUCGAUGUCGACCAGAUUACCGGCCAGGUCUACUUCACGGACAGUUCCAUGAACUCGAGGUCGCAACACGAGAUGGUUACGAGAACGGGGGACUCGACGGGUCGUCUUAUGAGGUACGAUCCGCGGACGGACGAUGUCACCACUUUGCAGUCGAGCAUCACGUACCCGAACGGUGCUUCUCUCUCUCCUGACCAGACGCACCUCGUGGUCGCGUCUACUGGCCCGUGCAAGCUACUACAGCAUUGGAUCAAAGCCCGACCUGGCAAGACAGAGCCAUUUGCAGACCUUCCGAGAUAUCCAGACAAAGUGAGGCAAGACAAGAGAGGUGGAUACUGGGUGGCGUUACACCGCGAGAAGAAUGAGCUCCCUUUUGGCUUCGAUAGCCAUCUUCUUGCCGUGAGGGUCGGACCCAAUGAAGAAGUACUUGAACAGAUGAGAGGGCCAAAGAGCGUGAGGCCGACGGAGAUAAUGGAAAGAGGCAAUGGCAAAUACUACAUGGGUUCCGUCGAGCUGCCGUAUGUCGGCGUAGUCACACAUAAAUAG